AUGUCUCUCCAGAUAAAACCACUAACUUGCAUUUCGUCUCUUUUUGUUUGCUCGUCUCUCUCUCUCUCUCUCUCUCUCUCUCUCUUGUUUCUUUCUUUCUCCCUCUCUUUCUUACUCUCUCCCUUUCUCUCUUUCUUUCUUUCUUUCUUUCUUUCUUUCUUUCUUUCUUUCUCACGGCUUGUUUCGAUAUUCUUGUUUCUUUUUUGCCUCUUUCUCUCUUACUCUUCCCCUUUCUCUAUCUGUUUCUCUCAUAUGGUUUGCCUAUCCAACUAUUUUUCAUUACUCUCUCUUUCUCACUCCGGCUGUUUUUUCUUUUCGCCCUCUCUUACACACUCCCUUUCUGUAUUUGUUUCUCGCAUUCUUAUUCUUUAUUUUUUAACUAUCUUUCAUUACACACGUUCUCUCUCUCUCUCUCUCUCUCUUUCUCUCUCUCUCUCUCUUCCUCUCUCUAUCUCUCUCUCUCUCUCGAUCUCUCUGAUACUCUCUUUCUCUAUAGCUAGUUCUUUCAUUCUUUAUCACGUGUUGUUUCUAUAUUCUUGUUUUUCUCUCUCGCUUUAUUUCUUCCUCUCUCUCUCUCUCUUUCUUUCUCUCUCUUCUCUUUCUCUCUCUCUCUCUCUCUCUCUAUCUAUCUAUCUCUCCCUCUCUCCCUCUCUGACUCUCUCUUUCUUUCGGUGUCUGUUUCUCUCUUAUUGUUUUCUAUUUGACUAUUUUCAUUACUUUUUCUCUCCCCCUCUCUAUAGCUCUUUCUUUCUUUGUUUCUUUCUUUUCUUUCUUUCUUUGUCUCUUUCUUUUUUUCUUUCUUUUUUGUUCUUUCUUUCUCACGUGUUGUUUCUAUGUUAUUCUUUUUCUUUUUCACUAUCUCUCUCACUUUCUUUUGGUGCCUGUUUCUCUUGUUCUUUUUUUUUAUUAUUUUUGAUUAUUUUUAUUUCUCUCUCUCUCUCUCUCUCUCUCUCUCUUCCGCGCGCGCGCACUAGCUCUUUCUUUCUCGCAGCUUGUUUCAAUGUUUUUCUUUCUUUCUUUUUUUCUCCCUCUUUCCCUUUCUAUCUCUCUCCCCCACCCACUUAUUUAUUUUCUGUUGGGCUAUUUUUACCUCUCUUUUCUCUCUCUCUCUCUCUCUCUCUCUCUCUCAAGAUGCAUUUUGUUAGUUUAAUCAAAGCACCAUAUCACUAUGUAAGAAUCCAGAUGCAUCACUAUUCAAUUUACGUCAGUUAG